AUGACUCCCGACCGCGUGAAUCGCCGCGACUCGAUAUUCUCCUCGCUUCGAAGCGAAGGCAGAGAUAGCUCCGUUCACGAGAAGAUCAAUCAGUUUAACAACCUUAGUAUUGCCAUGCAGUCGAAGCAGAUGGAGCGCAAGACGGCCGAUGCGGCACUGAAGCGGGCAAUGGUGGGACGAGAGGAGGCUGAGGCGGAAAUGAAGAAGAUGAGGGAAGAGAUAAAGCAGCUACGAAGGGAGGUUGACGAAGGCAAGGAUCGAGAGAGAAAAGUCGGAGAGAGACUAGAAGCCGUCAUGGACAACUAUGGCCGCGCCAAGGAAACACACGCACAUACACAAUCUCUGUGGGAAAAAGAAAUCCGAAGAGCGAGAAAAGAAAACUUCAAGAGCCAGUCUGCAAUCGUGAAAUUGCAAGAGGAACUCAAAUCAGCCAGGAGUGCGACCAAAUCGCUCGAGGAGACGCUUCAACGAGAAAAAGAGAGGAGCAAGGCCAGAGAGCAAGAAGCCUUUACGGCGCGAUACCAAAUUGUAGGCGUUCAAGAACAACUGGAAAAGGCACAUGAACGAAUCAAGGUCGUGGAGCAAGAACGAGACGCCUUCAAGACAGCCGCUAAGAACGAGGAGGUCGCUCGCAUUGCUGCCGAGGGCCGGCUCCCGCUGCCGCCAUCACACGAUCCUACCGACGAAUUUUCAUCGCCAAAGAAGAAGACUGUUCCUGCUAAGCGACCUAGCGGGCGGGCAUCAUCGUCUCGAGUUUCACUGUCGACGAUGGAGAUUAUGUCCUCGGCAGCAAGCGAGAUGGAGAUUGAGGAUCUUAAUACGCAGCUGCUGUGGGAGAGGCAGCGCGCUGACAGAGCUCAAGAGAUGAUUGAGUUUUUGCAAGCAGAGUGCCAGAUGCGCUGCUGCCCUUGCUCCAAGACGAAAAGCAGUAACGCGAGAAAAAGUCUAGAGGCUCCUCAAAAGAGACGACGUGUGUCGGUUGAGCAGGAAGAGGAACAGCAGCCGGUUAUUGUGAAGGAAGAACCUCAUUCGCCACACUCACAGCGAGCGGCUUCUCGGAGUUCACAGCACAGCAGCUCACAUCGCACCUCUCUACGCAGCUCAAUUCGACUGGAGGAACCUCAGCAGGUGCAUGAAUUGGAGCCAGAGAUAGAAGCAGAGCCCGAGCCUGUGGUCGAACCAGAACCGCAGCGCAUCAAGUCUAGAAAGGAACCACGACGAAGCACAAUAUUUUGUCCCAAGGAAGGCAUUUUCCGCACGGUUUCCGAGCAAGAAGCCGCAGCAAUGGAAGCACAGAACCAAUGCAUCGUAGCCGCUGAGCCUGCCAUCGAGGAGGAAGUCCACGCUGAUGAGCCGUUACCAAGCACAGAGGAAGCACACAGCCCGAGGAUGUACGCCAGAACACCCUCAGUCGACCCUCCCGCGUUUGCCCUUCUUGCGCAAGAACGGGACUCGCUAGAUUCGCUUCUCAAUGCACCCCACGAUGAUGCUCAGUCUGCACCUCUACCCCCCAUCCCCAGCGUCCCAGUUGUCGCGGAUGAGGAAGUAGUACAAGAAAACGUCCGCGUCGUAGACGAGAGCUUCUCCCCCGCCGGGUCUCCAGACCUUCGUCCUCACACAUCCACGGCUUCCUACACCGUCACGACAACAGUCCCGCUUCGAGAGGACACCGCCCGAUCUAGCUCCUCGUUCAACGAACGUCUGCGGACGCCUUCACACGGCAGCAGCGCCAGCUUCGACUCCAACGAUCCUGCCAUGACACCCACCAUGACGCGAGAGCAAGCCCUAGCUAAGAUUCGUGAGCGAAGAGGACGAGCGAGGAGUGCCGCGCAAGGUGGUUCAGGCCCAGGGAAGAAGGUAGCCACUGUUACGUCGGGGCCGCGAGGCCGUCCUGUUAAGAGGGAUGUUAGCGCGCCGACUGCCAAGGCUACGCCGAGGUUUAAGUCGUGA